CCCAUCAUUGGUGUCAUUGGGAGGAAUAGUGCCUAUCAUUGGUGUCUGUGGGAGGAAUGGUGUCCCAUCAUUGGUGUCAGUGGGAGGAAUGGUGCCCCAUCAUUGGUGUCAGUGGGAGGAAUAGUGCCCAAUCAUUGGUGUCUGUGGGAGGAAUGGUGUCCCAUCAUUGGUGUCAGUGGGAGGAAUGGUGCCCCAUCAUUGGUGUCAGUGGGAGUAAUGGUGCCCCAUCAUUGGUUAUUAGUGGGAGGAAUAGUGCCCCAUCAUUGGUGUCAGUGGGAGCAAUAGUGUCCAUCAUUGGUGUCAGUGGGAGGAAUAGUGCCCCAUGAAUAGUAUUAGUGGGAGGAAUAGUGCCCAAUCAUUGAUGUCAGUGGGAGGAAUAGUGCCCCAUCAUUGGUUUCAGUGGGAGGAAUAGUGCCCCAUCAUUGGUUUCAGUGGGAGGAAUAGUGCCCCAUCAUUGGUGUCAGUGGGAGGAAUAGUGCCCAAUCAUUGGUGUCAGUGGGAGGAAUAGUGCCCCAUCAUUGGUUUCAGUGGGAGGAAUAGUGCCCCAUCAUUGGUUUCAGUGGGAGAAAUAG